UUUUUUAAAUAGAUAUGCUGUUUGUACUAGCCUAAUAGUUUGUACACUGUAAACUUAAAAUAGCUUGAAUUUAAAACUUUAGCUGCUAGCUUGAUUUUAGUGUUUGUGAACAUGAGCUCCAGCACGCGCGUCGUUCAGGUGACAAAUGUCUCUCCGAGCACAACGUCCGAACAAAUGAGGACUCUCUUUGAAUUCCUCGGAACCAUAGAGGAACUGAAGCUGUUUCCACCUGAUGACUCUCCCUUGCCUGUGACUUCACGUGUCUGUUUUGUAAAGUUCCGUGAACCCGAGUCGGUGGGAGUGUCUCAGCACCUGACGAACACCGUUUUCGUGGACAGAGCUUUGAUCGUGGUUCCUUUUGCUGAAGGAGUUAUUCCUGAUGAAUCUAAAGCCAUGUCGCUCCUGGCUCCAGCUAAUGCUUUGGCAGGAAUGAUGCCCGGUGGAGGUCUUCUUCCAACACCAAAUCCUCUGGCAUCGCUGACAGCAACACCGUUUGGAGGUCUCGGAGCGCCCAACCUAGAACAAAUGGCUGCCAUGGGACUCGCCGGGUCCAGCCUGAGCCAACAGGCUAUUUCUGCAGACUUUCUGAAGCUCAUGCAGUCCAUGGAUCCAAAGCUGAGUCCAUUAGCUGCUGGACUGAACUUAACUCCUGGACUGAAACCAGAUUCUUCCAACAAGGAGAUCGAAGAGACCAUGAAGAAAGUCAGAGAAGCUCAGUCUCUGAUUUUAGAUGCGAUUGAACCUGGAAGCAAGAAAGACGGGAAACAUAAACGCUCCCGUUCUCGGUCGCGGCGCAAACGGUCCAGGUCUCCAUCGAGACACAGACGUUCGAGGAGCAGGUCUCGACGUCGGUCUCAUUCAAGAACCUCGAGAAGUAAAAGGAGGUCCAAGAGUCCCCGCAGGAGGAGGACUCACUCUCAGGACCGAGGUCGUCGAAGUAGAUCCAGAGACCGGAGGAAGGAGGAAAAGUCAAAGAAAAGGUCUAAGACGCCCCCUAAGAGCUACAGCAGUGCCAGGAGGUCUCGAAGCGUUAACCGGAGGCACAGGCGUAGUCGCAGUGCUUCCAGGUCCCCCAGGAGAAAGCCCUCCAGGUCUCCAUCUCCGAGACGCCACAAGAAAGAAAAAAAGAAGGACAAGGACCGUGAGAAGGACCGGAACAGGGACAGGAGGGAGGACCGGGAUCGGGACCGGAGCAGAGACGAACAAGAACACUCAACCAGCAAGAAGAAGAACAAAGACAAGGAGCGAGAUCGAGACCACUUGUCUGACAGCGAGAAAGGAGACGUAAAGGUGACCCGAGACUACGAUGAAGAGGAGCAAGGUUACGACAGCGAAAAGGGAGAGGAAGAAGACGACGAGAGGAAGAGCGACUCCGAUUCCGUCACGUCUCCCACAAACCAGGAGGAGACGGAGAGGACCGAGGCCCGGAGCUCCAAGAAGUCCAAACUGAACGGAGACGAUCAUCAUCAGGAGGACAUGGAGAUGAGCGACUGAGCUUCCUGAGACCAGUCAUGUGUGUUUUUUCACUGUUUUUAUAUUUUAAUGUAUUCUACAUGAUGUCUGUGCCUGAUCCCACAAAGUUAACAAUGUUUGUGUCUCGCUGUAGAAACAGAGGAGUGAAGCUUUUUUUAUUGACACAAAUACUAAAAUACAUGAAAUAUGGUUUUAAACAUCUGUGUCGUGGUUAUAUUUUGUUUUCUCUCGUCACACAUCUCAGUCCUGACAGUAAAAUGUAUCUAAAAGCUGUUCUUUCACCAUGUUUUAUUUUGGAGGUGUUUACCUCUAAAUGCACUGUCACAUGUCGGCUCAYACAUUUACAACUCUUCAGUUGGGAUUGUAGAUAAAACUGUCAUGAGUCUUUAAAUACGUUUUUCCAAAGGAAACAAAUAAAAAUGGGUUAAACUCUUA